GCCAUGCCCCAGCCGCCCCCGGGGCCCCCCUGAGCCUGCAGCCCCCUUGCCAAGACCCCUCCAGACACGUCCCCCAGAGGCGCCCCCACCCAAGGCCACCCACCAUGGGCAGCAAGGAGCGGUUCCACUGGCAGAGCCACAAUGUGAAGCAGAGCGGCGUGGACGACAUGGUCCUGCUGCCGCAGAUCACGGAGGACGCCAUCGUGGGCAACCUGCGCAAGCGCUUCAUGGACGACUACAUCUUCACUUACAUCGGCUCGGUGCUCAUCUCCGUGAACCCCUUCAAGCAGAUGCCCUAUUUCACCGACCGGGAGAUUGACCUGUACCAGGGCGCGGCCCAGUAUGAAAAUCCCCCCCACAUCUACGCCCUCACCGACAACAUGUACCGGAACAUGCUUAUUGACUGCGAGAACCAGUGCGUUAUCAUUAGUGGAGAGAGCGGAGCUGGGAAGACGGUGGCCGCCAAGUACAUCAUGGGCUACAUUUCCAAGGUGUCCGGAGGGGGUGAGAAGGUCCAGAACGUGAAAGACAUCAUCCUGCAAUCCAACCCGCUGCUCGAGGCCUUCGGCAACGCGAAGACCGUGCGCAACAACAAUUCUAGUCGAUUUGGCAAGUACUUCGAGAUCCAGUUCAGCCGUGGUGGGGAGCCCGAUGGUGGGAAGAUCUCCAAUUUCCUGCUGGAGAAAUCCCGCGUGGUGAUGCAGAACGAAAACGAGAGGAACUUCCACAUCUAUUACCAGCUGCUGGACGGCGCCUCCCAGGAACAGCGGCAGAACCUGGGGCUCAUGACCCCCGACUACUAUUACUACCUCAACCAAUCGGACACGUACAAGGUGGACGGCACAGAUGACAAGAGCGACUUCCAGGAGACUCUGAGCGCCAUGCAGGUCAUCGGCAUCCCGCCCAAUGUCCAGCAACUGGUGCUGCAGCUGGUGGCGGGGAUUUUGCAUCUGGGAAACAUCAGCUUCUGUGAAGAUGGGAAUUACGCCCGGGUGGAGAGCGCCGACCUCCUGGCCUUCCCCGCCUACCUGCUGGGCAUUGACAGCGGGCGCCUGCAGGAGAAGCUGACCAGCCGCAAGAUGGACAGCCGCUGGGGAGGGCGCAGCGAGUCCAUCAACGUGACCCUGAACGUGGAGCAGGCCGCCUACACCCGCGACGCCCUGUCCAAGGGGCUGUACGCCCGGCUCUUCGACUUCCUAGUGGAGGCCAUCAACCGUGCCAUGCAGAAGCCCUAUGACGAGUACAGUAUUGGGGUGCUGGACAUUUACGGCUUCGAGAUCUUUCAGGAGGAGUAUGUGCAGGAAGGGAUUCGCUGGACCCCCAUCCAGUACUUCAACAACAAAAUCGUCUGUGACCUCAUCGAGAACAAGCUGAGCCCCCCGGGCAUCAUGAGCGUGCUGGACGACGUGUGCGCCACCAUGCACGCCACGGGUGGCGGCGCCGACCAGACGCUGCUGCAGAAGCUGCAGGCGGCCGUGGGCUGCCACGAGCACUUCAACAGCUGGAGCUCCGGCUUCGUCAUCCACCACUACGCGGGCAAGGUCUCCUAUGACGUCAGUGGCUUCUGUGAGAGGAACCGGGAUGUGCUUUUCUCUGACCUCAUCGAGCUCAUGCAGUCCAGUGAGCAGGCCUUCCUCCGCAUGCUCUUUCCAGAGAAGCUGGAUGGAGACAAGAAGGGCCGGCCCAGCACCGCGGGAUCCAAGAUCAAGAAACAAGCCAAUGACCUGGUUGCCACAUUGAAGAAGUGCACGCCCCACUAUAUCCGCUGCAUCAAGCCCAACGAGACCAAGAAGCCCCGAGACUGGGAGGAGAGCAGGGUGAAGCACCAGGUGGAGUACCUGGGCCUGAAGGAGAAUAUCAGGGUGCGCCGCGCGGGCUUCGCCUACCGCCGCCAGUUCUCCAAGUUUCUGCAGAGGUACGCCAUCCUCACCCCUGAGACGUGGCCAAACUGGCGUGGGGGGGACGAGCGUCAGGGCGUCCAGCACCUGCUCCGCGCAGUCAAUAUGGAGCCCGACCAAUACCAGAUGGGGGGCACCAAGGUCUUCGUCAAGAACCCUGAGUCGCUCUUCCUGCUGGAGGAGAUGCGGGAGCGCAAGUUCGACGGCUUUGCCCGCACCAUCCAGAAAGCCUGGAGGCGCCACGUGGCCGUGCGGAAGUACCAGGAGAUGCGGGAGGAAGCGUCCAACAUCCUGCUGCACAAGAAGGAGCGGCGUCGGAACAGCAUCAACCGGAACUUCGUUGGCGACUACCUGGGCCUGGAGGAGCGGCCUGAGCUGCGCCAGUUCCUGGCAAAGAGGGAGCGCGUGGACUUUGCCGACUCGGUCACCAAGUACGACCGGCGCUUCAAGCCCAUCAAGAGGGACUUGAUCCUGACACCCAAAUGCGUGUACGUGAUCGGGCGGGAGAAGGUGAAGAAGGGGCCCCAGAAGGGUCAGGUGCGCGAGGUGCUAAAGAAGAAGCUGGAGAUCCAGGCUCUGCGGGGAGUUGCCCUCAGCACGCGGCAGGACGACUUCUUCGUGCUCCAGGAGGAAGCGGCCGACAGCUUUCUGGAGAGCAUCUUCAAGACAGAGCUCAUCAGCCUCCUGUGCAAGCGCUUCGAGGAGGCGGCGCGGAGGCCCCUGGCUCUCACCUUCAGCGACACACUACAGUUCCGGGUGAAGAAGGAGGGUUGGGGAGGAGGCAGCAGCCGCAGCGUCACGUUCUGCCGUGGCUCAGGCGAAGUGGCUGUGCUCAAGGCCAGCGGCCGGUCCCUCACGGUCACCGUCGGGGACGGGCUGCCCAAAAACUCCAAGCCUACGAGGAAGACGAUAGCCCAGGGAAAACCUCGAAGGUUGGCCCAGGGUCCUACCCGAGCAGCCCCUGGACUUCCCAGAGGCCAGGACCGCAAUGGGGUCCCCCCCUCUGGCAGAAGGGGACCCCUGCCCCUGGAGAUCACACCUGGACAGAGCUCCCAGCAGCGUCCCCAGGCCCCUCCGUCCUCAGCCCUGGGUGCCAGCCGCCGUCCGCGGGCCCGGCCCCCCUCGGAGCAUAACAGGGAGUUCCUCAACGUGCCAGACCAGGGGGUCGCCGGCAUACAGAGGAAGCUCAGCGUGGGGCAGCGACCCGUGCCCGGCGUGGGCCGACCCAAGCCCCAGCCACGGGCGCAAGGUCCGCGGUGCCGGGCGCUGUACCAGUACGUGGGCCAGGACGUGGAUGAGCUGAGCUUCAACGUGAACGAAGUCAUUGAGAUCCUCCUGGAAGACCCUUCGGGCUGGUGGAAAGGCAGGCUGCAUGGCCAGGAGGGCCUCUUCCCAGGAAACUACGUGGAGAAGAUCGGAUGAAGAAAAAGGAGAGCUCAGGAUGCUGCACCCCCUCCCCAAUGUGUCCCCCCCAUCCUGCUGGGAAGCCAGACCCUGCCAGUGGAAUUCAUGUUUUUCUUGGUUACUUUGGCUCGAGACCAGAUCCUGGGGCUUCCAGCCCAGCCAGGGCCACCACUGCACUGAAGGCCUUGAGCCCUGCCUGUCACCCUCAACUCCCCCUUUCCUUUGGCCUCCAGUGGCCGAGCCUACCUCCCAGCUGUCCCCUGAGCAUGGCCCGUGGGCAACGCAGUGGGCAAAGCUUCAGGGGCUCCACAAGGAUGCGUUACACA